AUGGACGAGCUUGACCUGAAGAUUAUCGGUAUCCUGCAAUCGGACGGGCGUGCGUCCAACGCCAAGAUUGCACGCGCAGUGGGCGUGAGCGAAGGCACCGUGAGACGUCGGCUGCGCCGCCUCAUCAAAGAAGACAUCGUCCAUGUGGUGGCAGUCCCGAACCUCGAAAAAAUGGGUUACGGCACCACCGCCCUCAUCGGCCUGGAAACCGGCCCGGGCAAGUCCGACGCCGUCGCCGAAUGCAUCGCCGACCUCGACGAAGCCCACUAUGUCGUCGUGGCCACCGGGCCCUACGACGUAUUCGUGUGGACCGCCCUGGAAUCCGCCGAAAGCCUGGGCGACUUCCUGCGCACUCGCAUCGGUGUCAUUGAGGGCGUGCAGAAGACCCAGACCUUCGUAACCCUGUCCACCAAGAAGCGUUUCACCCGGGUAUGA